GGGGUUCUCCACCGGAAGAACCAAGGUCGAACAGACCCUCAAAUUCCCUCUUACGCUCCCAAGCAGCCCCAUCCCAAGCUUCUGAGAGUUGGCGAGCCUACCCAGCCAGGGAGAGCUUCUGAGCCUGACUUGUGGCCCCUGUCUCCACCUGUGGACAGGAGCCCCUGCCUGGUGUCACCAGGCCCUUGUAAGAGAAGAAGUGCCCACUGUCCCUUUGACCUUUGUCCUUGGCACUUUGCCCCUGCCCUUUGGGUUCAAUGAAUGGCUUGGCAUUGUUGCUUCUACAUGGCUACAGGACCAGCUUGAGAGAGCCUGUCCAGAGGGAUAGAACAUGGGACUUAGAAGCUGUGUAAUGAGAGGAAGCCCUGGGCCUCUGUGAGCCUCAGUCUCCUCAGCUGUAAAAUGGAUAUGCCAGGUUCUGCCCUGUUCCCCCCGAAACUGUAGGAAGGUCCCCUCACCAACAGCGAUGGGAGGGCCUGCCACCAAGUAUCCUGUCAUAAUAGAGGGCCACCUACUAAUAGGGCAGCCAUGGCCCUUCGGAAGACCCCAGAUGAGACAAAGGAGCUGUCUCACUAGCUUGACAACCUGUGGCAUUCAGGAGGAAAUGGCAGCAAAUUCUGCAGGACUCAGCAGUGACUGGACACAUCAGACAUUUCUUCAGUCUCUGCCUGUCACCCCUGCAUGCACAACUCCGAGAAUGCUGAGCGGAAGGCCUGCUGUGAGUGACUCACCACCCGGCAUGGUUACCCACCCCAAAGCCUGCCUGCUGACACCCAGAGAACCCUGAAAGGAGCUGACCUCUGCCAGGAGAGGGUGUACCCUCCGACCGCUUCAGAAUAAGGCGUCUACAGAGAGCAGAGACCCAUCUGCGGGGCUGGCCCUCCCCUCACCUCAGCAGGAACAGACUGGGCACCUUAAGAAGGUUGGGAAAAGUUGAGACGGUGAACCCAAUACCAGCCCCGGCUACCAGCCCCAUUGGACACCGUGAUUCCCAUGGCCCAUCUUGGACUCGGGAUUCAUCCAUCUGUCAGACAGGGGUGUUGCAGGGUAAUGGCCAAGUGUGUUUUAGUUCCACGUGUCAUGGCUGUGAAACUUUGGAGACACCACCCAGAGCCCUUCUAGCCUCCUCUGCCUCAGGCAGCAGAGGGUAUCCGGAGGCUGAAUGCUCCCCCAGGAAAAGUCCAAUGAGACCACACUGGUCCUACCCAAGGGAAGAUGGCUCUGGCUGCACGUGGAAUUGAAGGGGAAAGGGACAUAAAGCCGUGUGUAUUGGACAUUGCUGGAGGCCUGAUCUUAACAGGAACUGAACUAUCUACUACUUCUGACACUUGUCAGUGUUGGCCUGGGAACAUCUGGAACACAUCCAGCCUGUGUGACGCCAGGCUGAGCCUUCUGGGUGUCCUGUUUCUGAUGGUGGGCCGACAACUUCAAAGCUGAAGGCUGUGGAGGAGGCCAGAAGCACAGCUUCCAGCAUCCCUUCCUCCAGGCAGUGGGCAUGUUCCUGGGAGAGUUUUCGUGCCUCGCCGCCUUCUACCUGCUCCAGUGCAGAGCCAGAAGACAGUCCGACUCCAGUGUAGAGCCUCAGCAGCCCUUCAGUGCCCUGCUUUUCCUGCCGCCAGCCCUGUGUGACAUGACCGGAACCAGCCUCAUGUACGUGGCCCUGAACAUGACCAGUGCCUCCAGCUUCCAGAUGCUGCGGGGUGCAGUGAUCAUCUUCACGGGCCUGUUCUCGGUGGCCUUCCUGGGCCGGAGGCUGGCACCAAGCCAGUGGCUGGGCAUCCUGGCCACCAUUGCGGGACUGGUGGUGGUCGGCCUCGCUGACCUCCUGAGCAAGCAUGACAGUCAACACAAGCUCAGCGACGUCAUCACAGGUGACUUGCUGAUCAUCAUGGCCCAGAUCAUCGUUGCCAUCCAGAUGGUGCUGGAGGAGAAGUUUGUCUACAGACACAACGUCCACCCACUCAGGGCAGUGGGCAUUGAGGGCUUCUUCGGCUUUGUGAUCCUCUCGCUGCUCCUCAUACCCAUGUACUACGUCCCAGCUGGCUCCUUCAGUGGGAACCCUCGUGGGACGCUGGAGGAUGCCCUGGAUGCCUUCUGCCAGGUCGGCCGCCAGCCCCUGAUUGCCCUGGCUCUGCUGGGCAACAUCAGCAGCAUCGCCUUCUUCAACUUUGCGGGGAUCAGCGUCACCAAGGAACUGAGCGCCACCACCCGCAUGGUGCUAGACAGCCUGCGCACCGUGGUCAUCUGGGCCUUGAGCCUCGCGCUGGGCUGGGAGGCCUUCCACCCGCUGCAGAUCCUUGGUUUCUUCAUCCUCCUCAUGGGCACUGCCCUCUACAAUGGGCUGCACCGUCCACUGCUAGCCUGCCUGUGCAGGGGCUGGUAUAUCCCCACCCAAGAGGGUGAACAGGAGAGACUGCUGGGUGACAGCCGGACUCCUAUCAAUGAUGCCAGCUGAGCCCCUGGUAGGGGUCUCUGCUGCCACCAGAUGACUGAGGCCAUGCAGACUGGUGGGCUGUGGGAGCCCUGUCCCUAAGGCCUCACCCCACCCUUCCCUUCUGACCCCUUCAGGCAGCUGCUGCCCAAGAGGAUGGCAGAACACCGGGUCCUCUUUUAUUCCUGAAGCCUGUAAUGUUGGGACCCAGCCUCCACAGGCCUGGAUAUGGCAUCCACUCUCAGCUCUCCCAGUUCUUCCUGCUGUGCUAGGGCAAAAAUGUGAACUUGAACGGCAGGAAUUUAUAGCCCUAAUAUUCUGUGUUAUACACUAACUUGUCCUGGUAGAUUAUCUAGCUUAUGAAUCAUAAGCUACAAAGAAUCCAGUGAGCAGGUUCAAAUCGGAACCAAGAGAUGUAUUCUCCAGACGUUUAACAUAGUCCUUAAGCCUGUCUGAAGACCUAGCUUUAGGUCUCGACUGCAGAUAACAGUGUAUGCACCAGGUCUGGCCACUCUGGAGCACAGAGGUACAUGAUGUGACUUCAGUGCCUUGUGGCCCCAGCAUCCCGUGGGCCUCUGAUUGUCACUGGCCUGAGAAAGGAAGAGUGGUACCUCUCCUCCCCAGGGUGGUUUUCAGGCCACUCUGCAGCCCUGGCUGUCCUGGAACUCAUGAUGUAGACCAGGCUGGCC